GCCGGCUGCGCGGGCGCCGCAUGCGCACUGUGCCCCCGCCACACACCCCCUCCCGGCGGCGGCGGCGGCGAGCGCGGGCGCGUGCGCGGCGAUGUCGGGGUACGGCGUGGAGGAGCGCGCCGGGCCCCACAGCCCCGAGUACCGGCUCUUCUUCAAGGAUGGCGCCGGGCGCUACAUCUCCCCCUUCCACGAUAUCCCCAUGUACGCGGACGCCGGGAAGAAUGUGUUCAACAUGGUUGUGGAGGUGCCUCGAUGGACAAAUGCUAAAAUGGAGAUUUCCACCAAGGAACCCUUGAACCCAAUUAAGCAAGAUGUGAAGAAGGGGAAGCUGCGCUUCGUAGCGAACGUGUUUCCCCACAAGGGCUACAUCUGGAAUUAUGGUGCCAUCCCACAGACUUGGGAAGACCCAAGUCACAAGGAUGAAAAUACUGGUUGCUGUGGAGAUAACGAUCCCAUUGAUGUGUGUGAGAUUGGAAGCAAGGUGUGCUCCAGGGGAGAAGUGAUCCAAGUGAAGGUGCUGGGCACGCUGGCCCUGAUCGAUGAAGGAGAGACAGACUGGAAGGUCAUUGCUAUCAACGUUGAGGACCCCGAGGCAGCCAGCUACAAUGACAUCGAGGAUGUCAGAAGGAUGAAGCCUGGAUACUUAGAAGCUACCGUGGACUGGUUCAGAAGAUACAAAGUACCUGAUGGAAAGCCAGAAAACCAGUUUGCCUUUAAUGGGGAAUUCAAAGGCAAGGAUUUUGCCCUGGAUGUCAUCAAAGGCACCCACGAACACUGGAAAGCUUUAAUAACAAAGAAAACUGAUGGAGGGGAGAUCAACUGCACCAACCUGACAGUGUCUGAGAGCCCCUUCUGCUGUAGUCAAGACUGUGCAAAAGCUACUGUGGAUGCAACGCCGCCGUGUAAAACUGCCAGCCCCAUCCCACCUGAAGUUGACAAAUGGUUCUACUACCAGAAGAACUAAGUCCUGAGGAUGGUGGUGAGACAGCUGUGUCCUUCCCACCGAGGAGCUGCCUCACGCAGGAAUAGACCAGAAAAAUAGCUUCACUGUCAGCAAGAAGACCUUGCCUGUAACUUUGCUGAUUAGAAUUCCAUACCUCGCAGUGACGUGUCUGCUGAGGCCUGGUGGAGGCUGGAAGAAAUAAUUUAUGAAAUCCAAACACCCUGCUUUGUGCACAGUCAUGUGGUGUGCUCUAAGUCGUGACAGGAGAUCCCUCACCUGGGGUGUGUAUGGAUCUAGAAAUAAAAAACUACUGGAACCCA